AUGAACACAAUCGUCCUCGGUACCCCUCGCGGAAAGGCCACCCCCUCGGCGAAUCCGCUACUGCUGGCAAUCGAGGCCGCAAGCGAGCCCAACAGCUACCUACUACUGCUCAUAAACGCGUUGAAAGGCCCUCAAAAAGAGCCCGAACGGAUACGUCCUCCCCUAAUAUCCCAAGCCAGCGGUAGGUGGGUUAAACUGACAUUCAAAUAUUGUAGUCACACCAAACGCGUCCGGUUCAGGCACAUACACCCCUUUUGCCCGCCUCUUAGAGCCCCUACUGACGCCCCCAGGCCACCCCUCGGCGAAUCCGCUACUGCUGGCAAUCGAGGCCGCAAGCGAGCCCAACAGCUACCUACUACUGCUCAUAAACGCGUUGAAAGGCCCUCAAAAAGAGCCCGAACGGAUACGUCCUCCCCUACAUACUCCUCCCAAGCCAGCGAUAGGUGGGUUAAACUGACAUUCAAAUAUUGUAGUCACACCAAACGCGUCCGGGAUCGGAUAAUAAUCCUUCCACCUAUUUGUGUAACCAUUCUUCUUCCACCAUUCUACCAAUUCUACCAAUUCUACCAAUUCUACCAAUUCUACCAAUUCUACCAAUUCCACCAAUAUGAACACAUUUACCCUCGGUACCCUCGCACUCAGUUGAACAAGAGGAGGAUCUACAACAGGCGAAUGCGGAGAACACUGCGGAGAACAUUGCGGAGACAGUCAUCAGCAGCAGUGACACAACAGGCCUACUCUCCACGGUCUCACACCAAUCCACUCAGCCAGUGCAAGAGAAGUCAAUACAGCAGGCGAAUGCGGAGAACACUGCGGAGAAACCAAGCGGCAACAAGGCCCCCAGCACCAAGAACACGGCUCAGCUCUCCAAGAUCCCACGUCAUAUGCUCUCCACGGUUCCACAUCAAAUCAUCACUCAGUAAGCGGAGAACACCACUGCAACUUAGCCUGUCAUCCCCACUACAUUAA